AGUGACACGUGCCACUCGCUGAGAGAGGAGCAGCAUUAGCCUCCAGUUCUGCCACAAGCCCCAUCCCAGUAAUGUACGUGCCCCGGGUUCUGCUUCCCAUUCCCGCUAGUCUCCCUGUUUAUUCCUCUCUUCCCGAAAUAUCCAUCUCUACAUUCCUUUGUCUUCAAAUCACAGUCCCACCCCCUCCCCGAAUUCCAACACUUCAACCGACUUUCUCUAUGCAUCUUAUAUGGUGUCCCGUCUCCCUUCUAGCCAGCCCUUCUCCUUCCCGGAGCCUUUCACAUUUCCCUCCUGUUUCCCAGAGCUACAAUUCCCACAUAAUUCCCAUAUGAGUCCCGCCACAGCCGACGUCUGCCUGCUACACUUGCGUCAUAGCCUCAGUACCCUGCUCCUGUCAAUCAUUACCGUACUACCACAAAAGGGGCGAGGCCUGGGCUUUCGAAGGCCAAGCAUCCAGCAGCAAAUCAGCAUAGCGCAACAGAGUAUCCGAAGUAGCUUCCGACCAACCAGCGCCGCACCGAGCUUCGUGGGCGUGUCCUUUCUGUCGGCAGCACUGAGCAUCUUCUGCCAAGGGAUUAUUAGUUUAAAUACAGUCCCUCGGAGACGAUUCCGGUGGGAGACUAGGCCCUUGCCGGCUCCCGUAUCUUUUUGCAGCUGUACCGGUGCCGAUCGGCUUUGUUCGGCCAGCAAAGUGCUUGAGCGAAAUUGUACCUUGCAUGGGGGAGGUGCAGCACUGCCGCACGGGGAUUCAUGGAACUCCCAUGAAGUUGCGGAGUGGGAUGAAGUUUUGGGGAAGGUGCCAUUGUGCCCACUCACCCUGCUUUCACCCCAGUUUUUCCCUGCAAGCAGCACUCGCCUCUCCAAGGAUCUUGCAGAUUCGAUUCGUGUCUCCUGCUUUGGGCUGUUCGCUCCCUCUAGCCGGCACCCAGCGUGUGUGCCAUGUGUCUCCUGCGGGAUUCCUGUCCCUAGUGCUGGGCUAGAGGCGCAUAUGUUGUGGAGAUUGAAGAUGUCCUUUGCCAUAUGGAGCAUUUGAAAUGGUUGGAGGUGGGGCGUGUCCCCAGCAAGAGUCAGCCCAGAUUAUCUAUCCUGUGCCUGCUCCACUUGCACCCCCGUCACAAUAUCGCCUUUUCAGGGGAAGUGAGCGCCACCUUGUAGAGAGAUCGGUGGUCACUUUGCAGGCCAGUGGUUUCUAUUGGGGACCUCUACCUACAAAAGAGGCUCAUGCUAUGUUAGAAAGAGAGCAAAUAGGUACAUUUUUGGUUCGGGACAGCUCACAGGGCAACCAGCUUUUUAGCAUCAGCAUCAAAAUGGAGUCUGGUCCGGUAAGUGUUCGGGUUCUGUUUUGGAAGGGCUUUUUCUGGCUAAGGGAGCUAUUUUCAGACUGUCCAGUCAAGCUUUUGGAGCUAGCUGUGGAGAAAUGCCAACAUACACCUCUUAGAUGCCAAAAUGGCAUCCAGUUAACGCUGUCUCAGCCACUGCGCAGGACUCGAAUCCUUAGCUUGCAACAGAUAUGCCGACGGUGCAUAAUUACUCAUCAUGGAAGAGAGGGACUGGCUACACUCCACAUUCAGCCGACUCUGCGGCGAUUUAUUGAGGAUUUCCCCUUUAAGAUCUGAUAUUUUAUCAAUGAAAGUGGGAAUAGGUCAACUCUCCAAGUGCCUUUAUUAUUUAAUGGUGUCAUAGAGAUGCAUUUGAUUCAGCAUCAACACGAGACAGCAUUGGACUGGAUCUAUGGGAAACCACCAUAACACCUCUGUGCAAAGUAAAAGCCCAGUAAAAUGUUGCUGCCAAAAAAGUAUGUAUUUUUGUAACUAAUAAGCUUGCAGGUAGGGAGUUGGCUUGUGAAUUGAUAUUUAAUGUACAUAGUUGGCAGUUGGAAUGUAAGCGUUUUGGGGCCCCUUUUAGCCUCAUGGCACACCUACACUAUUUUAUUCCUUCCUUAAUUCAUCAGUAUUAUUGGGAGAAUCUUACAGAAUUUUUAAGCUAUUUCAUUUAGAAGGGAAUUUACCAUUUUAUUGUGUUGUACAUUGUUCUUUUUGUUUGGACUUCAUUAUUUAUUUUGUAUGUAUGUCUUUGCUAGCUUGGCUCUGCCUUUUUCCAGGCUGCAGCUACUAUUUUUUGUUAGGGUCGCUGACCCUCUCAACCCCCCCCCCCCAAAAAAAAACAUACUUACUGGGUUCAUUUUUAUUUUGAUAUAUUCAUCACUUCACUUCUCUUUCUGUUCACUACUUGCUAUAGAAAGUAACUCUCUAUAGAGAGAGCUAUAGAUAAAAGAGUAAAUCAGAAACUACAAAGAAUAAAAAUGAAGGCAGGCUUAGACUUGUGCUUUAUUAUACCAUAUAAAAAGUUAUUUUGAACCUACACCUCUAAUAAUAAUAAUAUUCACAUAUUUUUCAGUGCGUUACUGUUAGAAGACUCAUAGCAUGCUUAGAGGAUACCAACUCUGUGACUUUCUUCUGUGCACAGUAACCCAGUGCAGUUCUGCUCAGUUCCUGAGAUAUUCCAGACAAGCUAUACCAAAUUGUGCCCAUGGUUAAAAAAUAAAUUCGUUGUAUUCGGCUGAAGUGAAUCCGAACCCAUGUAAGUUUAGAUAACUGAACACAACAAUUUCUAGUUCACAAUUGAUUUUGUUCUCAAAUUUAAAGCCCCUAAAGCAAUAUUAUGCAAGAGUAUUGAGAAGUGUUGGUGAAAUUUGGUAAACUCUUUUAUUAGCCUCUGAUUACUGCAUACAGUUGUUUUAUAGACAACUUUAGAUAACCUAGUAACUUAGGUCUAACCUGCCUAUAUAAAGGCAUAAAAACCCUUCUGCAAACUCUCUAAUUUGCCUCAGAAGGGGGAAAGAAUUCGUUCCUCAAUUUUAUUGUUCUGCACCAUUUUGAAAUCAGACGUGUUUUACCAUUAAUCCCCCUUAUCUUCCCAUGUAUUACAUAAGAGCCAAGUAGAUUAGUCUUCCUGUGGGCCUUUGUAUUGCAGAUGUGUGUGCUUCUUUCAGAUGCACUCCCAUAUACAGAACAGAUGUGCAUAAAGCUUCAGUCAAAGCCUUCAAAGGCCCUAUUCCAAACAAACCAACAUUUUUAAAUGCUGUAUAGACCCAGGCUUGACCUAGCCAGAGAAUAUAAAUACAUUGUGGGGCAAAUCAAUGCAUUUGGCAUUGUUUCCCUUUUUAAAGAGCAAGUAGAGCUCAGAUAAAACAUUUUGGUCACUGUGAGUAGCUCUGUGCAUCAAUAUGGUAUUCAACUGAGUUGAUGGAUUUAGGACCUAGAGGCAGUGAAAUAAAAAGCCCUAAUAUAGAUUUCACCUGAGACACCCACCAAGAAACAUACAAAAUGAAUCCUGCACAUCGCAUGGCUAACACAAUAGACAUUUUCUGUUUAUAUACAGCUGACUAUUUGUUUCCAGUUUUGUUGGAAAUCAUUAAUAGUUCAUUAUAACAUCUUUCAUACUGUUCUCAGGUGGAAGCUCUUGAUUUCUAGACAUUGUCCUAUUGUUUAUAUUCAUUUUGUGCCAAUUAUAUAACCGCUGUGAUUUACAGUGUGUGAGAUUAGAUUGUAUAUAUCGAUGUACUGAUACAAUACGAUAAGCUAAGGACCUACUAAAAAAACAACUGAACAAUGCACUAAAGUUAAUUUUAGGUGAUAUUUAGCACAGUUGUAAAUGGAAAAACCCACCCUGUUGUAUGAAUUUGUUAUUUGCUUAACCUUUGCCAUAUAUUCUCCCUGUUUUCUAUCAAGAGACAGCAGCUCCCGACUGGGAGAUCGUGAAAAACAGAGGGUUUUUUGCUUGUCUGUU